AUGUCCUUCCACGGAGGAUUCUCGCACUGUACCUGGCAACAGGCUGUAAAUUGCACCGCAUAUCUCCACCACCACCAGCACAGUGCAAAUAUCGACCUACAGCAAUCUCUAACAGAUGGAUAUUAUCUCCAAGCCAACAACCAAGAACUCAUACAGACAAUCAGCGUACUGCUGCGUGAGAAGGAAGAAUGCAGGCAGGACCUCGACGCCGCAGACCAAGCGUACCAGCUCGCGCAAUAUGUGUCGUACGUUGCACAGUCGACUUUCGAGACCCAGAAGCACCAUUUGCAAUCAGCGGAGAAGGCCUACAUGAAGGUUCAAGAGCACAUGAUGAGAUAUAGUGAGUUGUUGGCCGACGCUUGCGCGAAGACGAGGGCUUGGGAGGCUCAUAUUCGCUUUCGGGGGUAUACGGUCGAUCAUUUGAAUGCCAUGUUGGAGGACAGGCAAGCCAUGAUCGACGAGUAUCGGCGCCGUAUGGGGCAGCUCGAUAAUGUGUGCUGGGCUGCGGAUGUCUCUGCGUGGAGGUAUCACCUGGUCGAAGCAGGUGAGAUUCUGGGGGAGAUACUUUUUCGGAUCAGUCGUGCUGCUGAUGAGAUGGAGGGUCUCUGCAGGAGCUAUCGACAAUUUUUGGCUGAUAGGAUGGAUAUUGUCUCAGAGGUUGGUGAUGGGGGAGAAUCCAUGUGGCGUGCUGCUUCUCGGGCUGCAGCUGGGGAUGGUGAUUUGGCUGAUUUGGAACACAAUUUAGAUGACUUGAUCAAUGGGCGCUGGUCUGGUUGUGGGCUCAAUCCUUUCCUGGAGCGAAACUUCUCGCACAUAAUAGCUGAGGCCCAGGCUAGUCGCGGAGCCAACGGGGCAGAUGCACAGACACAAGAGGACAGUGAAAGUGAAUACGAGCCGCCCGAGACAAUACCUCAACCCUCUAUCCCUAUACCGCCAGGGGGUUAUGCCAAUUUAGGAGAGGGGCAGAUGAUUGCCAAUGACACAGCCGCUGCAGGCCACAUUUAUAGGUGA